AUGGUUCUCAUGGCAGUUCGAAAUGGAUGGACCAGAACAGACGGAGAAGGGGAUGCGGUGGAUGCGAUUUAUCUCGACUUCUCGAAAGCAUUUGAUCGAGUGAAUCACACAAGCUCUACAAUCAUGGCGUUCGAGAUUUCGCGUUUGAUUCGAUUAAAGAAUUCCUCGAACGAUGGACCAUAUCAGUUCGUGUUUCUCAUUGCAUAUCCGGAUUCGUCGAAACCACCCGCCGUGUUCCACAAGGAUCCAUAUUCGGUCCCCGUCUGUUCCUCGCAUUCAUAA